AAAUUUAAAAAUCGGUGCCAAUUUCGGAUUCCAUAAAACCGAUCCUAGCGGAAUCCAUAGCUUUCGAUUGCGGAAUGGAGCAACAACAACCGCCCGAGACAGCAUCAUCAUCAUCAGCUGAAGGAGAAGAACCGAAGGCGGCCUCUCUGUUCCCUCUCUUCGGAGUCUCCGCUGCUAAUCUCAAUCAAACCUCGGUCACCGCAGCCCCUGCUCAAUGGCUUUCCAAUACGAGCUUCACUACCGACCUUUCAGUCGUGAAUGAUGCCGUCUCUGCUCUUUACGACCGGAAAGAGCACCAAGAGUCAUCCGACGAGGAGCCGGAGCCACCAUCUGCUCAACACAAGCCACUAUCUUCAACUUCCUAUGAGUUAAUCGGAGAAGAGGAGGAAGGAAGGAGAGUCUCGUCGUCUGAUUCGGAUGGCAGGAGAAGGAAGGAACACAAGAGACAUAAGAAGCGAAAGAGAUCCAAAGAGAGGGGCAAAGACACUAUUGAUGGUUUGGGUUCCAGAAAAUCCAAUGUUAGGGCCUGGGCUGAUUCUGACACCAAGCCUGCAAAGGAUUUUUACUUUGACACCCGUGGAGAUCCCGAUAACUUGGUCUUUGGCGGCCUUUACCGAAUGGAUGUUGCCCGUUAUAAGUCAUAUAAUCUUGGGGAAGCACCUUGGUUUGAUUUUAAUGGGUUGUAUGGAGGGAGACCUAGGGGAUCAGUAAUGGAUAGAGAUGUUGACAUUGAUGCAUUAGACAGUAAAGUAAAAUCUGGUGGUCGCUAUUGGUCUGCAAAGUAUGCAGCUCUUGAACGUCACAAAAAUUUCAAGCGUGUUCGUGUUCAUGCGCCAAGAAAGUCUGCGCCUAUUCUUUCAGACGAUUUCAUCCCUUUGUUGGAUUACCAAAUAUCAGGUCAAGGUGUCGAUGAUGGUUCAGCUUUAGGAAAUUCAGUUAUUGAGGAGUCCUGGGAAGAUGAAGUGCUACGCAAAACACGAGAGUUUAAUAGGUUGACAAGGGAGCACCCGCAUGAUGAAAAAGGUUGGUUAGAUUUUGCAGAUUUCCAAGAGAAAGUUGCGAGUAUGCAACCCCAGAAAGGUGCUCGCUUACAGACUCUUGAAAAGAAGAUUAGUAUACUGGAAAAGGCUUCGGAGCUUAACCCAGAUAAUGAAGAAUUGUUGCUUUGUCUUCUAAAGGCAUACCAGCAAAGAGACAAUACUGAUAUGUUAAUUGGUAGGUGGGAACAGGUUCUGUUGCGGCACUCCGGGAAUCUCAAGUUGUGGAGUGAGUUUCUGCGUGUUGUCCAAGGGGAGUUUUCGAGAUUCAAGGUUUCAGAAAUGAGAAAAAUGUAUGCGCAUGCAAUCCAAGCUCUAUCUGCUGCAUGCAGCAAGCAGUUUAGGCAGGUUCACCAAACUGCUAAUCCUUCAACAGAUCCAGCCAUACUUCAGCUAGAACUUGGUCUGGUUGAUAUAUUUUCAAGCCUUUGCAGGUUUGAGUGGCAGGCAGGCUACCGGGAGUUGGCUACUGCUCUAUUUCAGGCAGAAAUGGAGUUUGGUUUGUUUUGUCCAUCACUACUCCUGACUGAGCAGAGUAAACAGAGAUUGUUUGAGCACUUCUGGAGUAGUGAUGGUGCGAGAGUUGGAGAAGAAGGGGCCCUUGGUUGGUCCUUAUGGUUGGAGAAAGAGGAAGAAGAUAGGCAAAGGAUUAUAAAAGAGGAAAGCUCACGUGAGGAUUUGAAAGGUGGUUGGAGCGGAUGGUCAGAACCACACUCAAAACUUAAGGAAGAUAUUGAAAACUCAGAAAAAGUAAUGAGCAGUGACCUGGCUGCUGAUGAGGAGUAUCAAGAAGAUACUGAGAAUGAAGAAUUAACACAGGAAGAUGAUACUGAAGCUUUACUAAAGCAGCUAGGCAUUGAUGUUGAUGCUGGGGCUGGUAGUGAGAUUAAUGAUUCUUCAACCUGGACUAGAUGGGCAGAAGAAGAGUUUUCGAGGGAUGGUGGUCAAUGGAUGCCUGUUCGGGGCAAGUCUGCUGGGAUCUCUCAGAUUGAUGGGACGCCUGAAAGUGAAGUAGAUGAGCAAAUUUCGAGAGUCAUAGUAUAUGAAGAUGUCUGUGAGUACUUGUUCUCCCUAAGUUCAGAGGAAGCUCGCUUGUCUCUAGUAUUACAAUUCGUUGAAUUCUUUGGAGGAAAACUAUGCCAAUGGAUUUGCACAAACAGUUCGAGUUGGACUGAGAAAAUCCUUGGCUUAGAGGAAUUACCAGAUUUUAUGUUACAGAAAUUGAGAAGAGUUCAUGAAGUUUUAGUCAAAUCAGAAUCAAAUGGAAUGAGUUUGGAAUUUCUUCUUUCUAGUGGCGCUGACAUUUCUUGGAGGAGUGAUAUGAUGAGGUUUCUUCGCAAUGCUAUCUUACUUUCUUUAACUGCUUUUCAACAUAAUCACAUGUUAGACGAAGCUGCCCUUGUUGCUGAAGAGCUAUCUGUUACAAAGAUGAAUUCAUGUGCAUGUUCGGUUACACCAAGCCGAGCUCUAGCGAAGCGCCUUUUGAAAAGUGAUCGACAGAACAUAUUGCUAUGUGGAGUUUAUGCACAAAGGGAGGCUGUUUUUGGUAAUAUUGAUCACGCAAGAAGAGUGUUUGACAUGGCAUUGGCAUCUAUUGAAGGGCUUCCAGUGGAAUUGCGGUCAGAUGCUCCCCUUUUAUAUUUUUGGUAUGCUGAGGCAGAGCUCUCUGAUGAUCAUGGCAGUAGCACGGAAUCAAAGUUCCGUGUGAUACAUAUUCUGUCUUGCUUAGGGAGUGGCACACCGUACAGUCCAUUUAAAUGCCAAUCAUCAAGUUUACAGCUGCUGAGAGCCCACCAAGGUUUUAAAGAAAGGUUAAAGACAAUCAGAUCAGCAUGGGCACGUGGUGAUAUUAACGACCAGUCCAUUGCUUUCAUUUGCUCAGCGGCUCUCUUUGAAGAGUUGACUGCUGGCUGGGCUGCAGGGAUUGAAGUUUUAGAUCAGACUUUUACCAUGGUGCUUCCAGAAAGAAGAAGCUAUAGUCAUCGGCUGGAGUUUUUGUUCAACUAUCAUGUCAGGAUGCUUUUGAGACAUCGUAAGCAACUGUCUCUCUCGAAAGUUUGGGAGUUCAUUUUGCAGGGUCUGCAGAUAUACCCUUCCAGCCCAGAACUUUUUAGUGCCACUGUAGAAUUUGGCCAUCUUUACACAACACCCAAUAAAGUGCGGUGGGUGUUUGAUGACUAUUGUAACAAAAAACCUUCUGUGAUUGUUUGGCUCUUUGCCUUGUCAUUUGAAAUGAGUAGAGGAAGCUCCCAGCAUAGAAUCCGUGGUUUAUUCGAACGGGCAUUGGGGAAUGAGAGCUUGCAUAACUCAGUUUUGCUUUGGCGUUGCUACAUUGCAUAUGAGAUCAACAUAAUGUGCAAUCCAGCUGCUGCCCGGCGAAUAUUCUUCCGUGCUAUUCAUGCCUGCCCAUGGUCAAAAACGCUCUGGCUGGACGGUUUUCUUAAGUUGAACUCCGUCCUCACUGCAAAAGAACUGUCUGAUCUUCAAGAAGUAAUGCGGGAUAAGGAACUGAAUCUGAGAACAGACAUUUAUGAGAUUCUUUUGCAAGAUGAGAUUGUAACUUGAAGGUACAAUUCCUGGUCACUUGGUCACUUGGUCACUUGGUCACUUGCUUGAAUAAUUACGACAAAUAUACUUCGCAGCGGUGGCAAAUGUGGCUGCAUGUACUCUGCGAUUGAGGGUGUAAAAUGUAUACAGUUGGAAUGAAAUGAUCAGAUUGUGAGCGCAAUGCGCAAACUAGAUAUAUCUAUUUACAUCCUAAUCAUCUUUUCUU